UCCCUGCUCGCCAUGGUGAGGCGCCGGGCGCUGUGGAGCUUCUCCCUGCAGCUCGCCGCGCUGCCCUCAGCGGCGAGCUGGUCAGGUGGARCGCCGCAGCCGUUCAACAGCUCCUACCGGAGACCUGCAGAGCCGCCGCCGUGGAAGGGGUGGAGCGGCACCAUGGAGGAGGAGGAGAAGGAGGGGGACGAGACUUAUCAGGGGCGGCAGCAGCAGUCCAGGAGUUCUCCUGUAAAAGUUAUGGAUAAGAAUACAGAUGAAGAGCAGCCUUCAACUGUGUGCAACCAGUACCCUAAAGAAGCGGUGAAGAAACGUCAGAAUUUGGGUCGAGGUUCCGGGGSCAAUGAUUCUUCCAGGACCUUCAGGAAAAGCUUCAGGCUGGACUACAGGUUAGAAGAGGAUGUAACUAAAUCAAAGAGAGGCAAAGAUGGGAGAUUUGUCAACCCGUGGCCAACAUGGAAAUCACCAACAUUACCAAAUAUUUUGAAAUGGUCCUUCAUGGAAAAAGAUAACAGCAAUGUGCCACGAUCAAAGCAGGAACUCGAUAAAGAACUUCCAGUGUUACAACCUUACUUUGUUCAAAUGCCMGAAGAAGCUGGGAAGACAGGAGCUGGUAUGCGAGUCACGUGGCUKGGACAUGCCACAGUUAUGGUGGAAAUGGAUGAACUUGUAUUUCUCACUGACCCAAUCUUCAGCCAGAGAGCGUCCCCUAUUCAGCUGCUGGGUCCCAAGCGCUUCCGAGGGCCACCGUGCACAGUAGCACAGCUCCCCAAAAUAGAUGCGGUGUUGAUCAGCCACACCCACUACGAUCACCUGGACUACAACACCGUGGCRAGUCUGAACGAACGCUUCGGGAGCGAACUGCGCUGGUUUGUGCCCCUGGGGCUCCUGCAGUGGAUGCAGAGAUGUGGUUGUGAGAAUGUCAUUGAACUGGACUGGUGGGAAGAGAACUGUGUCCCUGGUCAUGACGCAGUAACUUUUGUCUUCACCCCUUCCCAACAUUGGUGCAAAAGGACUGUGACAGAUGAUAACAAGGUUCUCUGGGGCAGCUGGUCUGUCUUGGGACCUUGGAAUAGGUUUUUCUUUGCAGGAGAUACUGGAUAUUGUUUUGCUUUUGAACAAAUAGGUAAAAGAUUUGGACCUUUUGAUCUUGCAGCCAUCCCCAUUGGAGCUUAUGAGCCAAGGUGGUUUAUGAAACACCAGCAUGUGGAUCCUGAAGAAGCCGUACGAAUCCAUAUUGAUGUUCAAGCAAAGAAGUCUGUAGCAAUUCAUUGGGGGACCUUUGCUUUAGCAAAUGAGUAUUACUUGGAACCUCCAGUUAAAUUGAAUGAAGCUCUUGAAAGAUAUGGAUUGAAAAAAGAUGACUUCUUUCUCUUACGCCAUGGAGAAUCACGGAAUUUAAAUACAAACGACCGUUUUGAAAACUGAAACAGUGUCAGUUACUUGUAAGCCCUGUUCGAUCUGAACUUGUAAUUAAUAUUACAAUGCUAACAUGAUGUACUUACAGGAUAGAUUUUUUUAGACUGGAUUUCUAGAUGCCAGGUUUGUGAGUUUCAGAACUAAAGCUUGCAUACCGWUUUCAUGACAAAGUUUACUAGUUAUAUUGUUUCUAAAUUUAGAGAGAUCUAAAAGUGGUCUAUAUAUUAAGUGUUGUUUGGGAAUAACUUGCGGUUUCAACUCUAAUGUACACCACUGAUAAAAAAAAUAUUUUUAAACUCUUCAUCUUACCUGCAGCAGCAAUAAUAACCUCAGCACAGAACAUAUUCUUAGCAUUAAUGGCUGACUUAAAUUAAUCACUGUUAUACUGUCAUCUCCCACUUGUUAGUCUUCAUGUCAUGCUCUGUACCUUGAUAGCUUUGCUGUAUGUCUUCCAAUACAGCUGUGUUGUUAAAGCACAAGCAUAGUAAAAUUGUUUUACUCUUCAUGUAUUAAUGAACYACAAAAACUGAAUUUUACAAUGAUCAAAGAAAUGUGCCUUUUAAARAGAGAGAGAAUUUAAUGUUGCAUCGUGGAUGUAUAAAACUAACUGCUGGCCAGAGUAUCUACACACUUGCGUUGUUUUGUCUGUGUUUUUAAGUUAGGUAUGAAUGUGUCAAUUGCAGCACAUGAAGUGGAAGAAUCCCUUAAUGUUGCAUGUCCUUGCAUUAACUCAGCAUUUUUCUAAGUACCUUUUCUCUUUUUUUCAUGUUUUCUUUAUUUUUUUUUAAGUGGAAAGUCUUAGACAAGGGCUGUGGUAUUUUUUCUUAUAGCUUCCCUGUAAUUUUAAAGUUGAAUGAGAGAUUAUGACAUCGUUUGGUGUUAUAAAACUUGGCCAAAUAUAUCUGUAUCAAAUUGUCUUGCUAAUUUACAGAAUUAAAGACUAUUGUUGCCAAUAAAAAGGUUUGUUAUUCUUUAUAAUCYAUUGGAAAAUCAUGUUUUGUUUAUGAUUUCUUUUGGCCUAUGGGAUAUGUGGGUUGGUUUUGGUUUUGKUUUUUUUGCUCUUGCUGUAUAUUUUAUUUUC